UGUUUUGAAGUGUUUUUCAAUUAUUGUGUAUACUUUCCAUUUGUUUACUAUUAAUUUUACGAUUUGAAGCAUAUAUUCGGUGAUCAACUUGGUUGCGCCAUUGAAUCAUUUAGUUAUUCGUUGUGAUAUCCGAAAUCUAAUGGCUUCCAGUCAACGUUCUUCCAACAAUAAAUGUUCAAAUUCUCUUCUUGUUUCGCAAGAAGUUGAAGAAGACGAUCAGGUGUGGACCGAUGAUCAAUCCAACAUUUCCUCCGAUGGUAGCCAGAUCAGUUUUGAUUCACGGUCUCACGAAUGGAGUCCUUUUAUAAUGAAUAAUUUUUUAUUUUACGUGAAAUUUGAUUUAGUUUACCAUGCAAAACCUAUCGUGUUCGACGACGAUUUGUUUUUUCGAAACGAGUAUAAAAGAUUGUCCAUUCGAAAAAAGGAGAAUAUCCUAUCUAAGUUUGGCCAAAGAGAGAAGAAUAAAUACAAGCUUUUCAAAGUAAGUGUGAUUGAGACGAUUAAAAAGGAACAACCAAAUGGGUUGAACAAGGAAAUCAUUAUAAGUAUAGCGCCAAAAAAAAAUAUUGUUAUCAAAGAAAUACUUCCUUUGUCUGAAACCAUUCUUGGUAUUACCACAUCACUGUUUCCCGAUGGUAGAAAAUUGAUGGUUGAUAAGAUAAAAGAAUAUUCAGUAUUCAACAAAGGAAAACUAGUUAAACCGAAAGACUGGAUUAAAUUAUUUGAUACCGAAAUCGUAACUGUAGAUAACUUGGAAUCUCUAUUGGAAGGAUCCACGAAAAUUCCUACCAUCAUAAAAAUUACAUUCUUCGAAAUGAUUGAACAUGACAUCACUAAUGCUAUAGAAAUUAAGUUGACAAGUCUAAUGGAUUUGAUUCAAAGUCAAGAGACUCUUUUGAAUAAAGAUGAUAUUCAAACGAUGAGUAAUAAUGAUAUGAUUUUCAGCAUGAUUUAUAUAUCAAAAGAGUACACUCAAAACGAUGAGCUAGAUGUAAAGUUUUGCUAUCCUGCGAGAGAUAAUAAUUCACUGUACAAUUCUAAAGGAAGUUUUGUUACAUUAAAUUCAAUUUUCAACUCAUCUUUCGAAACCAAAACUAUAAUGACAAAUAUGAAAAUACGAAACGUACUCUAUUACACGACGUAUAAUUAUUUCGAAGAAGGCAUUCUGUUGCUCGGAUUUAACUCAAAAUACUCAUCGUUGUUCUCCGUGAAACAAAAAAGUGAGCAAAUCUGCCGACUGUUAAGAAUUUUGUAUUACAAUAGUUCCAUCAUUUUCAAUAAGCCAGUGGAAUCUCAAACAGAAUUAAUGCAAUUAUGUGAGCUAAUUCGCCACUCAAUUAAAACUCACAGAAGUUUAGAUAAAUUUGAAAAAACAUUCCAUCAACCACAUUUCAUUCCUUUACCUAAGGAAAUACAGCUUCGGAUCGACGAUGCACUUGGAGAACUUGAAGCGAUGGAUUAUCGCAACUGGAAUGAUGAACUGGUGGAUUUAUUCUGCGAUGUAACAAUCAUCGGAUGCUGUUUGUACUACAAUCAAUAUUUGAUUUGUUCACAUAUAAACGGGUCGUUUUUGAUAGAUGUUGAGGCCAUCUUAAGAAAUUUCGGUAUUUUCGAAGUCAUUUCAACUACAAAUAUAAAAAAUCUUGCAAUUUGGCGUAAAUUUUAUCCAAAAGAAUACUGCGAACAUAAUUUUCACGAGUCUAACGAUGCCUAUUUGAUGUUAGUUUCUAUUGGACAUCUAUUAAUGGUUGUUAUUCUAGAAAUUCCCAUCAAUACAAAUCACAAUAAAUCACUCUCUCGUUAUGUUGAGGAAAUACAGGAUAUGUUAGAAUAUUUCAAAUCUACUGGUAUUGAAAAUCUCGUCAGAAUAUGGGUUGAUUCGAAUAGAAGACCUCAAUGUAUUUCUUCAUUUACCUCUAAACAAGAGUUUGGAAUAGAGGAACAACGUAUGACUUCACGGAACCACGAUGAGGAAUCGAAUGCUUCCAGUUCUAUCAAAAACCAUCCACUCAAGGAGGACGGCGCUAACGAUCAUGAUGAUGAUGAUGACUCAGAUUGGGGUCAGAGUUAUGACAGCAGCCAGAGAAGUAGUAGCUUCGAUAUUAACGAAAUAUCUGAAAAUCGCUGCAAAGAAUUUUCGGAGCUAAUUCCAAAUAUGCUAACAUUUGGAAAUGAAAACCUUCUCUACUAUUUCGUUCAGUUGGAGAUGGGAGACGGCAUUUUUCUAGCCCCGGUACUCAGUACAGCUAUUAUGAAGCACGAUAUAAUCAUGAACACAUUCAGAAAAACUUGUACUAUAAUCCACAAUACCUUACAAAAUACAAAAAGAUUUCGUGACUUACUUUCACGUAGCUCAAACAAAAUUGGAAAUACCCAUCGGUCUUUGGUGGCAAUCAAAGAACAAGGAAUGCUAAUGUCAGUUCCAAAAGAAACAACCUCAAAUGAAAAGAUCGAGUUCUGGGUACUAGGCCGAUUGUUCAACACGCCGCCCAGAGAAUUAUAUGUUUGUCAUCGAGCAGAUGCACCCCAGAAUAUGGUUGAACUUGCAUUUCGCAUCUGCUUAACUUGUGCAGGCUAGUUUUAUCCAAAAUUAUGAUGAUGGUGAUUAAUAUAAAUGAUGUAUCAUCAUUUUUUAACAUAUGUAUAACAUGUUUUGAACAAAAUAGCUGCAUCAAUCUUCGUGAUCGUGAUCUGAUUGCAACUGAUUUCAUCUGGAUCUAAACUACAAAUUUUAAGAGAAGGUGAAGAGUAAUGAAAAUGUUGAUCGCCAAAUAACAUUAUUUAGUUCAUGUAUGAUAAGUACGACGCAAAUGAAAAAUAUUUUUACGUUAAAUGUAUGAUAUAUAGAUCUUGUAGCAUAAAAUAUAUUUAUUAAAUUAUUAA